GAUGCUUCCAAUGUCACCGCACCAGCCUCGUCUGGCCCAAGCCUUGGUCGGGGGAGGGCAGAUCGUUCAUGCACGGCGCCUUGGCAGCAUUCACUUCUCGCCUCUCGUCUUGGCCCAUCACAUCCAUCUUUACUUUCCCUCUUGAAUGCUCACACUCUCCUUAGCCACAUGACUCGAAGGCGUAUGUCUCAAAGCCACACAGUCGGAGGCGCACGCUGGGCACUGCGGGUGGCACGUCAUGGUACAACAUAUGGUAACGUCUUGCUUCGUCACACCUUGUUCGUUAUUCGUUCAUUGUCUGCCGUGGUCUGCCACUAUCCCUGCCGAACCAACGCCAACGCUCAAGCUACCGCGGGUUGUCCCUGUUUUCAUUCAUGGGGGUCGUCGUGCAUUGGACGAGUCAGGCUCCAACCAGAGAUCGCCCACGGCCACGGCCACCUCCCGCCUGCCGUCUCUAGCCCUUCGUUUGCUCGAUCGCCUCCUCCGACUCAGUGCCCAUCUCAGCGUCAACCAUGUUUGGGUUCCCGUGUACGUUACACAGGCACGAGGAUCCCACGUUUCCGGGAAAGCUUAUCGCUCACAUAUACUCGGUUCCUCCGCGAUCCACGAUUCAACCACAUCCAGGGUCUCCCCUCUCGGUGCUCCCGUAAACUCAAACAAAUGUCUCUCAUAACGCCAUGCGAUGCUUCCCAAUUGACCAAUCCCAAACAAAAUAGCCAUGUCCUUUGCCAACGCCCAGUCCAAAGCAAUUUCCCGUCGUGCCUAGCCGUUCAUGAAUCCCCUAACGGCCUCGAGGUAUGUGCCUCUUGCGUAGGGGUUGCCCGUCAAAGUAAAAAAUCAGUUCCGUCUUAUCUCAUCGAUACGAUCCGUUCUUCCGCCAUACCCUUUUCCCUCGUGUGAAGGGGGGCAGUGCUGUCUUAGCUUUCCUCGCCUGCUUAGUAGCCCCGUAAAUGUUGUUUUUAACAGUCACGGUCCUCAGGUGCCUGAGCCCGAGUGCGGAUCCGGAACCUCUCCUUGAGCUUGGCUGCAAAUCGC